CGCAUUUUCAGUGGACAUCCGACAUCCCUUUCGUUUUUGGUAAAAUAAAAAAGAGAAUAUUCUCUCUCCUCUUCCCCAAACUCACCGUCCACAACACUGUUUUAAAUACCCGACAUUUUGUCUUUCAUAAUCUCUCUCACGCACACACACAUAACUCCUGCACACACGCACAUACAACAACAGGCAAACUAAACCGAUCGUCUCGUUGGUAGCCGACGGGUAGCUCGGGAAAUGACUGAAACGACGUCGGAUGGAGCUGUUCCGUCUCUCUUUUCUCCUUACCAGAUGGCCGGCUUCAAACUCUCACACAGGGUUGUGCUAGCACCGAUGACCAGAUGCAGAGCACUGAACGCCAUGCCCAACUCUGCCCUUGUUGAGUACUACACGCAGAGGGCCACAAAUGGCGGAUUUCUUAUCACUGAAGGAACCAUGAUUUCCCCUACUGCCGCUGGGUUCCCGCAUGUGCCUGGCAUUUUCAACAAGGAGCAAGUGGAGGCGUGGAGGAAAGUAGUGGAUGCUGUGCAUGCUAAAGGUGCUGUUAUAUUCUGUCAGCUGUGGCAUGUGGGCCGGGCUUCGCAUCCAGAGCUUCAGCCUGGUGGAAUAGCCCCAGUGUCCUCCACUGACAAGCCAAUAUCCAAGAGGUGGAGAGUAUUGUUGCCUGAUGGAAGCUAUGGAGUUUAUCCUGAGCCACGCAAAUUGGAAACCUAUGAAAUACCAGAGCUGGUGAGACAAUAUCGACAGGCGGCCAUAAAUGCCAUUGAAGCAGGCCAGUCUAUUUCUUCAUGCUGCUUUGAUGGCAUCGAGAUACACGGAGCCCACGGCUACCUAAUCGACCAAUUCACAAAGGACGGCAUCAACAACCGCACGGACGAGUACGGAGGGUCACUCCAAAACCGCUGCAAAUUCAUCACACAGAUCGUCCAAUCAGUGGCCUCAGCCGUGGGGCCAUCCCGAGUCGGAGUUCGUAUCUCGCCCGCAAUCGACCAUCUCGACGCCGUGGACUCUGACCCUCUCACACUGGGCCUGGCAUUAAUCGAGCGGCUCAACAAAUUUCAAUCAGAUUCCGGAUCGAGGCUAGCGUACCUGCACGUGACGCAGCCUCGGUACACGGCCUACGGGCAGGCAGAGCCCGGCAGGCAUGGAAGCCCGGACGAAGAGGCCCGUAUGAUGAGGGCGUGGCGUGGGGCCUACGACGGCACGUUCAUUUGCAGCGGCGGGUUCACGAGGCGGCUGGGGAUGGAUGCGGUGGCUGGGGGUGAUGCGGACCUGGUGGCUUACGGGCGGAUGUUCAUUGCGAACCCGGAUUUGGUGGAGCGGUUGAAGUUGGAUGCACCUAUGAAUAGGUAUGUUAGGGCGACUUUCUACACGCAUGAUCCUGUCGUGGGGUACACGGACUACCCUUUCUUGGGAAAUGGCGGUGGUGGAAAAAUCGGGCUGGUUUCGCGUCUGUGAAUCGGUAUUGUUAUUCUGGGAGGCUGAUAGGUUUUCUUACUUAUCAGAAAGAUUUAGAACAUAUGCGUGUAUUUUUUGUGUGUACUGUAAACCAAUUAGAACGACUCGAGUCCUGAUGGAAUAACGAUAUAUGGGAUGGGGUGAGGAGUUUGGUUUUUGGUGCUGGACUGAAUCGAGUAAAAGCUGAGUUUUAACUUUUAAGCUCAGAUAGUUUCGGUUCAUGAAUUUCGUAAUUGUGUAAUAAAAGGGUUAAUUGCAAAAAAAACCCAACUUUUUUUAAAGUUGAGAAAAAAAACUCAACUUUUUACAAUUUAGCAAAAAAAUACCCAACUUUUCAA